UCACUCUGCUGACGUCAGCCUCCUCCAAGUAUCGCGAGAGUUUCCGAGACGCGGCAGCAGUCUGCGUGUUAGCUCUGCGGCUGUUUGUGCGUGAACUGUGUGCGGGGAAACAAAGCUGACCCGCAGUCAGUUUAGACUUUCAGGUGUUUCUGGCAUCAGGCUGAAGCUGCUUGAAUGUUGAAUGAAGCGGCUGAAUGUGAAACAUAAACUGGAUCUUCAGUAAACAGCUGGGCCAACACAGGUGUCACAGGUCACAGGUAUCACCAACACAGGUGUUUGUCGGGGAGCAAAUCUAGAAUCUGAACGUGGUUACGGACCCGGCUGCCUGUGGACUGGUCUUCAUCAUGGCGAGGAGGAUGAGGUGGAGGUGGGUGGUGCGGUCAGUCCUCUGAUCUGGAUGGAGGAUGUCGUCCUGCACUGCCGGCCUGGAUCAGCUGCUGGACUCAGCUCUCUGUUAGAGAGGACGGAGAAGCUUCUGGAGCCGUUCCCCUGUCGGACUCCUCCGCCCUUCACCCCGUGGUUCCCCACCACCAGCGCCGACCUCCACCUGCCCAUCAGACCAGCCAAACCAGCUCCUGUCAUCACCUGCUCAGCAGCCCCUCGUGAUGGUGACGUCUCCACCUCUGAAACCUCGAGCCGCCUCCACCCGGCCUCACUCUGUGACAGACACGAAGUCACGGACUCGCCGAUCAAACGUUCCUGGAGCGUCUUCACGCAGAGAGGAGGCGUCCUGCAGAGCGCACAGUCGCUGUCCAAGCACUUCCAUCGGGUGGUGUCCGUCCACAGGCUCCACCUCCGCCAGAGGGUCAAAUGGGUGGUCGGGCAGCACAACUGUGGGACGUCCCGCGACAUCGAACAGGUGUGGCAGACUCUGAGCCGGUCGGUCCGGAGCUCCAGGUUGCCGACGUGUAACGCCAACAUCCAGAGGGAGCGGGCGGAGAUCUGGGUGUUCUGUGACGUCCUCCACUCUGAGCAGGUGGGACGCUUCCUGAAGGACGAGCUGCGGCUGACGGGGAGGAUCAGCCUGUCUGUCCACAGACUGGGAGACAUCUUCAGCAUUUGGACAUUUGGACAUGGGGACUUAUGGAGACUGACUCACUGCUGGAGCCAGCCUCAAGUGGACGUUAGAGGAACUGCAGUUUGUGACUUAGAGGUUAUAUUUAAUAAAAUGAACAGAUUUAUAUUUUGUGAUUUUCAGAUUAAAAUCUUCAUGACUGUAUUUUUAUACUGAUGUAAAUAAAGAUGUGAUAUUAUGAAUAAACCGUCUGUAGUAACGCGUACA